AUGGCGCCUCCUCACAAAGACGACACGCAAAAUUCAGACUUUAUUGGUAAUGCGGAUUGGCGUAACCCUAACAGAAUCUGGGCCUUCAGCCCGUCGAUCAAUUCAGCUCGUGACACGGCCAAUUCUAGAGGCUCUGACGAAGUCUCUCCAACUGCUGCCUCGGGCUCUGUACCGUUGAUACAACCCAUUUCUGAGAAAACAACAUGGGGCUCAAAGCCAUGGCAGGUUACUAACAACAUGACCCCCACAAGCACAAGAAAUAACUUGUCAAAUACUUUUAACGAUGGCAACAAUAAUCAUGAUCUAUAUCCCGCUCGCCACUCCAUCAGUCAGGGUACCUCUAUCCCGAGUAGAAGCUUUAUGCCUCCGGGGCCUGUAGAAAGCCCUCCCUCCUCACGAUUCAAGGCAUCCGGUAACACACUACCUAGUGAGGAGAGACCCAGCGAAAUGUUUUUUGGGCCAACGGCUCACUUUUCAGACGCGUCACUAGGCAGGCGUAAAUCAGCAGACCCCGGCUCCCUCGGUGUUGGCUACAACCGGACUGGAACGUUAAGUGGCCGGCAACAUGAGGCCAAUCCGUUGACACUUGGUAGUCAAUUUGGUGAUCCAACAUCUUACUCAUUGUCUAAGGCCCUGCAAAGCAACUCAGAACAUAGGCGUCCAUCAUUUCCUCAGACGACUCUUGCACCCCCUUCUUUAAGUUCCGAGACCUCCCGUAGUCAGACCCUCAACUUCUCUAAUGAUCCAGUGCAUGCUGAAUUAAACGACGCUUUUAGCAGGGGCCUCAAGAUAGAGGAUGCUUCGGAGUCUCUCAACAACUUCCAGAGGAAUGGUGAUUAUCAAUUCCCGUCCAACCACAACGCACAGACUUGGCAACAUGAUACGACCAAUGGCUCGACAAACUCAGACCUUAGACCUUAUCAAGAUGGUUGGAAUGGAGAUGCAGCCGCAGCAUGGAGGCACUACCCAGGACUAAGGCAUCGGACAACCCCUGAGGUUUGGGCGGAUCCGACUUACCUAGAGAGGAAACCAGGUUCUGUGGAGAGGGCUUCUCCAGCUGGUAGCUCACAUCGACCCAACAUUAACAGUUCCAGAAACCUAUCAGGGACUCCUAGCUCACGAAAUAAUUCUUGGAACCAAUCUGUCCCACGAAAUCCCAACUUGCCCCAAGACAUCGAAAGGCAACUGCAAGGUUCUCAGUAUCCCCAUCAGCCGUCUGGGUACCAGCAGUACUUUAUGGAUCCGUACCUAGCGCCAUAUACAUCGCCGUUUGAUCAUUUUGCACAACAAGCUUCAACUUAUCGCCAGCCAGCAGCGGCCGGUGGAUAUGGGUUGCCGAUGAACUAUCACCCAAACUUUGGACUUCAAACGAGUCGAAACAAAGACCCAGCCCAGAACGCAAGAAGCCAGCGACUAGAAGAAUUCCGCGCAUCACUGAAAACGAGUAAACGAUGGGAGUUGAAGGACAUCUACGGCCACGUUGUUGAGUUCAGUGGGGACCAGCAUGGGUCUCGUUUCAUCCAGGACAAGCUUUCGGUUGUGAACAGCGAGGAGAAAGAUCGCGUAUUCAGUGAAGUCGAGCCAAACGCACUUCAACUGAUGAAAGAUGUAUUCGGCAACUAUGUGAUCCAAAAAUUCUUCGAGCAUGGCACUCAAAGCCAGAAAAAGUUUCUUGGUCAGCAGAUGCUAGGAAAAGUCGCCGAUCUAUCUGUUCAGAUGUACUCAUGCCGCGUAGUGCAAAAGGCUCUUGAGCAUGUACUAGACGAUCAGCAAAAAGUUAUUAUCAAUGAGCUCAGACCUGAUGUAGUGCGUGUGGCAAAAGAUCAAAACGGCAACCAUGUGAUUCAAAAAAUUAUUGAAUCGUUCCCGAAGCAAUGUAUUCCGUUUGUCAUGGAGGCAUUUCAAGGCCAAAUUCCGCAACUGGCCACACACAACUAUGCCUGCCGUGUUAUCCAACGCAUUUUAGAAUCGGGGACACCGGAUGAAAAGAAGAAAUUGAUGGACGACAUUCACAAGUGUACCACGAAGCUCUUGACGGAUCAGUAUGGCAACUAUGUCAUCCAGCAUGUCAUUAUGCAUGGACAGCUGGAGGACCGCCGUAUUAUGAUUGAACAGGUUAUCGAAAGGGCACUGGUUCUUUCCAAGCAUAAGUUCGCCUCCAAUGUCGUUGAGAAGUGUAUCGAGUUUGGAUCAUCGGAGCAGAGAAGUGCUAUUCGGACCAAGCUCACAACUCCAACUGCUACUAUGACUGCAAACAACGACGGACUAAACCCACUCCAGGGCGUGAUGAAAGACCAAUACGGCAACUAUGUCAUUCAAAUGAUGAUAAAACACCUGGAGGGCGCAGAACAACAAGCUUUCGCACAAGAAGUCAGCUCGCAUGUUCCUCAGCUGAAGAGACAAAACGCGGCCCGCGCGAACACGGGGCUUGAAAAACUUUACAUCCUUGUCGAUCAGAUCAUUCCUCCAAAGCCCGACACCAACGGAAACUCUGCUGCGGCAGUGACUAGCCCUUCGACACCUGCGGUCCUCACGCCUCCACUGACUACGGAGCAAAACAGCCCCCAGAGCAGCAGCCCACCGAGCACUAGUAUUAGCACCACAGAUGAGGCUGGCGAGGACUCGGAGACAGCGCCCGUCUCUCGACUGAAUAAAGCACCACCUGUGGUACGUUUGGGUGACAAUUAA